AAAAAUGUGCCAUUCACACAGUUGGUCACAAUCUGCUUCUUUUUCUUCUUCUUAAAGAACGCUCUGCAACUCGCACACCAAAUUCCCAAUCCACCGCAUUCACAGAGCUUCCAUGUCUUUCUCCGCCACUUUCCCGUCUCCAAUCAAUGUUUGCUCCAAAACCUCAACUGGUUUCUGCUAUUCCCUUGCUUCAUGGCCUUCCAUGGCCGCUAAUUUGAUUCCUUCAGUCAAAUCCUCGCUCGCCGCUUCGAAGUCGCCUUUUCUGCGCCAUAAUUUGCCUAUGCAGUCCUCAAUUUCUCGGGCUGUGCUUUCGAAAGCUCAAUUUUCUGGUGUUUCUGCUAGAGCUGCUACGGAGAAGAGUAUUUACGAUUUCACUGUUAAGGAUAUUGAUGGCAAAGAUGUUUCUUUGAACAAGUUCAAAGGGAAGGUUCUCCUGAUAGUUAACGUAGCUUCUAGAUGUGGCUUGACUACUGCAAAUUACUCAGAACUGUCACACUUGUAUGAGAAGUACAAAGCUCAAGGAUUAGAGAUUUUGGCUUUUCCUUGCAACCAAUUUGGGGGCCAAGAACCUGGAUCCAAUCCAGAAAUCAAGCAGUUUGCCUGCUCAAGGUUCAAAGCAGAGUUCCCAAUUUUUGACAAGGUUGAUGUCAAUGGUCCAAAUACUGCUCCAGUAUAUCAGUUUCUCAAGUCAAGUGCUGGAGGGUUUUUAGGCGAUCUUAUCAAGUGGAACUUUGAGAAAUUUUUGGUGGACAAAAAUGGUAAAGUAGUUGAGAGAUACCCACCAACAACAUCGCCGUUUCAAAUUGAGAAGGAUAUCCAAAAGCUUGUUGCCGCCUAAAAUGUGGAGCUGAUGGGAAAAGUUUGUAGCAGUUAAAUAUUAGAGGAAGAAAAGAAAUGAACAGAUGUACAUAUGUUUACCGUCAGUGGCUCAGUCCAAUUGUCGGUGUUGUAUACGUGUGAAAUUUGUAUUUACUUCAUCUCUUUUCAUGUUUUUAUAACAAUAUCAUAAUAUUAUUAUUGGUAUAAUGAUCCAAUUUGAGAAUUA